AUGGGCAAUGAGGUGAUAAAGGAGGCUGAAGAUGGACCCUCGCCCUUGGAGAUGCUCUGCCUUCGAGCCGCUGGAGGCGAACCUCAUUAUUUUGGGUCUUCUUCGGCAUACUCGUUUACUAAGCUCUUCUCCGCCCAGCUACGAGGAGCCCAGUUUCGCAUGCCAGGUCUUGUAAUGAGUGGAGUGACCCACCCUUAUGUCUCGAACCGUCCUCGUCCAGUUCCCGCCCCCUUGCCUGACCGAUCGGCUACAAGAAUACUCACCAAUUCGUAUUUCGAGAAUGUACACCCACCGUAUCCAUUUCUGCACUGGCCAACUUUUCUUAGGUACGAAGACGAAGUAAUGACCGCGUGUGAAAACGGGCUUGCGCCGGAUCCCGUACAAUCUUAUUUUGUGUAUAUGGUCGCUGCCGUGGGUGCUCUCACUGGGCCAUUUGCGGGGGCUAGCUUACCUGAGGGCCUCUAUGCCGCUGGGGAAGAGCUGUUUGAGCAUGUCCUUCAACUGAACGAUUUGGAAACCAUUCAAGCCCUACUUUGUUGCGCCAUGUACUCAUUAAAAUCGCCUAUCGGGGUAUCAAUAUGGUCGCUCUCCGGUAUCGCCGUUCGACAAUGCAUCGAACUAGGUCUUCACAGAGACAUUCCGUGGAUGAAAAUGGAGUCGAACCCACUGAAGACUCAGCUAAGACGACGGGUAUUCUGGUGUGCAUACAAUCUCGACAGGGCAUGUGCAGUCACUUUAGGCCGCCCGGUUGGUAUCAUGGACUCCGAUAUUGAUGUUGACCUCUUCCUUGACUUGGACGAUGAGAAUAUUACUUCCACUGGCAUUCGUUGUCAGCCCCGAUCCUCGAGCACAGAGUCACCAACUAUCGUUUCAACAGCCCUACAUACCAUAAAGCUUCGCAGGAUUUGGGCUCGAAUGCAGAAUCAGAUCUACCCCCAGACACAUGGCUCACCAUCCUAUGGAAUCAACGGAUUAACAGGAGGAUUUAAGGUUGAGCUUCGAAGAUGGAUGGAAACUGCUCCAGAUCAAUUACAACAGGGCCGGGCCGUGAAUAAUGCAUUCGCAAGCACAGAAUGGUAUAACUUGAUGUAUCACCAUUCGGUUUUGCUCCUUCAUCGCAGUCGCUUGGUUGUUAGUCAACGAAGCUCCAGACCUGAGUCACCUGUUAACGUAUGCGACGACUUUUCCGUUCUUCUGGAUUGUGCUUCAUCCUCACAAUCGAUAAUUGAACUCUACCGAUCUCUAUACGUGAGCCAACGACUCAAUGAUACAUGGGGAGCUCUGCAUGUACUUUUCCUCGCGGGAAUUACUUAUAUUCACUGCUUGUGGAACAGUUCAGAGGCACGAAAUGCUAUACGACGUGACAAAGUAUCUUCCACGUGUACAUCCUGCGUGAUGGUUCUGGCUAUGAUGGCUGAACGCUGGGCUGCGGUGGCUCCUUAUCGUGACAUCUUUGAAAUGCUCUCUGAUGCACUACAGUCAAUGCUUGUGGACAUGGAGAAGGGGCUAAAUGGAUCACCUAGAGGUGGUCCAGUAUUGUCCUCAUUGCAGGCUGAUCAGGUUUCAGAUUAUUUUAUGAGCUUAGCAGAAGUGGGGAUGUGUUACUCUAGCGAACAGCUUCUUAUGGAUAUGAUUUGA